AUGACAUGGUCGGCGUCAGAUCUUGGUUUCUUUGGAUACUCCGAGCGAAAGGCUGUGGUGCUCACAUCCCUAGACGGUGAGGAGCCUACAAGCCAAGCCCUUUAUACCAAAGAAGACUGGGAGCGAUGGUUUAGCUCUCAAGACUGGUCCCGUGCUUCUCUUCCGCCCGUGAAGAUGACGCGACGUCAGGUCAUCUCAAGAUGUGUUCGUUCCUCCUUCGCUACUGUCUACCUCAAGAGUCUGACACGUACUAUAGCAUUUUCUGCGCGCAUGUCUUCAAGUCUGCCGGACGAUCUAGCAAUGUCUGCCACUUACAUACCGAGUACCGGGACCACGUUCGCUGUGGUGUAUGGUUGUAACGAUGACCAGAUGAGAAGCAUUGAGUCAAAAGUGCGAAGAGCAGGCAAACAAGCCUUCCACCCACUCAUGAUGCCAGGGAUAUUCGAAGAGCUAGAGAGAGCGAGGUUGGUUGAGAGAGUCGAAGAUCUGUUGGACGAUUUCACACUUCGAUCAGAGAAGCUCGAGACACAUCCCUGGAGUCCAGACGCAGAUACGGACGGCUCAAAGGCGCAACAGCAUUUAUCUCUCUGUGUUAAAAGCCAGAGUUUGAUGGACCAAAUUCGUAUGGCAAAACGACAAUUGACAAAGUUCUCAAAAGAGAUUGACAUCAUAACGACAGAGCUCGAGUCUCUCAGCGGGGUUGAGUACAUUCACAAGAGUGAGCCAAGAGCAACAGAGAUGGCGAAAGUAGGAACAAAGAUGAAGAAUAGGGUGGACGACAUCAUGAUAGAAUACGACGAUAAGAUUGAUGAGUGCCAGAUGAUGAUUUGCAACACAUCAUUGGCAAUGCAAACAGUCUGGAACCACAUUGCAAGGCAAGACUCAAAGACCAACACCAAGAUGUCAAAAGCGAAUGCUGCCAUUGCAGUACAAACAAAGGUCGAGAGCGCUCAGAUGAGGACAAUCGCGCUUCUGACAAUGAUAUAUCUCCCCCUAUCUAGUGUUGCGGCUAUAUUUUCUAUGGAUAUGUUCAACUGGGAGGCAGUUGAAGGUCAGUCUAUGGUAUCGAAACACAUUUGGCUAUUCGCAGUCCUUGCAGUUGGCCUCACACUGCUCACCCUUGCUGCAUGGUUCUUGGGGACACGGCGAGAGAAGGCUAUGGCGGAUAAGUCGGACAACUACUUCAAUUCACCGCAAAGACAUGACACAUUCGAGUAUGUUUAA